CUAGAGACAUCGACCACUUCCUCGAACACUCCAAAAGCGAUAUAAGCGAGAGAGAAGAUAGAUCGAUAGAUAUGGCGAAGGUGAUGAAGUCUUUUUCCAUGUUCGUUGUGUUCUUCCUUCUCAUCUUGGCGGUCCUUGAAGUGAGAAAGACAGAAGCCGAAGACAAAUGCCUGAAAGCCUUCGGAGGAGGUAAGGGCUUUCAGCUAUGCGCCCCUCGGAUUUAUCCGAGCUUUUGCUACCGUCGCUGCCGCAGCGAAAAAGGCGCGUUUGGCGGAAAAUGCGUCUGGGGAAGCGGCCCUAACCCUGAUGUUCGGUGUUUAUGCAACUAUUGCAGCGUUCAACCUCGCCUCGUGAUCGAAAUGGACACAAACGCAAACGCAGACGCUGCUUAGUAUAUAGCAAAUAGAAAGCCGUAUGAGCAUGUAUGUGCCAGGUGCCGUACGUGUACAAGUUAAUGUCGGAACUAUGAAUUAAAAAAAUAAAAAAUAAGGACAAGGGAGUUGGGUCUUCCUCUGUUGUAAAGUUUGUGCUGGUGUGUUAGUAAAGGCAUAUGUUUUUUUAUAAUCCGAAAAAUUCAUCGGAUCUUUGGUCUUA